AUGCAGCUCGACUACGGCCUCUCUAUAUAUACCUACAACAAGGGCUACUCUAGGCAUGCAGUCUUCCGUGAGGAUCUCUGGUUUACUGCUAGAAUACCCUUGCUCAGUGUAAUGUGCAAGGAAAAUAUAAACACGAAAGAGGGAAACGUGCGGGUCGCCAAUGACAUAAUUAGCUUCUGUUAUGAAGUUGAAGCAACAUCCUCACACAAGAUGACCACUCCCUUAGAAGACAUUUCCAAAGGCCCAGACGAUUGUGCUGCCAUGAAUCAAGAGAUUAACCACUCCAAGAAAAGGCAGGCAGAUGAGGAGGAAGGUCAUCCUCUAAAAGUUAGCAAAGUCGAAGACAGUGGAGCAUCUGAAAUCUAUAGAUUCACCAAAAAGCUUCUUAUGUCCAAAUCCCCAGACAUAGAAGAUGACUUUAAGAGGUUGAAUGAACUAAAGGAGAAGUAUGGGGCAGCUUUUGCAAGGAAAGUAGAUGGUGUCUUCAAUGAUACAGUGGAAUCAAAAAGUUUGAUGUACGACUUCAAAGAAAACAAGGAUGCAAAAAACACUUUGUUGGAUAUCUACGUAAAUGUGCUAAGACAGGAUUAUUGGCCCAGUCACUUCUUGACAGAGCUAAAGUUGCCUUCAAGUAUGGUACUAUCACAGCAGGUUUUCGCUGAUUUCUAUAAAAAGAAGCACAACAACAGAAAACUAGUGUGGAACCAAGACUUAGCUACUGCCAUUUGAAAGCAGCUUUUCCUAGGGGCAGGAAGGAUCUUCUCGUGACCCUCUUACAAGCACUCGUAUUACUCUUGUUCAAUGAUGCUGAUGUAUUUACCUUGGAUGAGAUCAAAAGCAGAACCAAUAUUAGGGAAAAUGAAUUGAAGAGUACCUUGAAAUCCUUGGCUUGCGGGAAGAUAAGAGUUCUGCACCAAAAUCCACGGGGCAGAGAAGUGUGCGAUGGCAGCACUUUCUCGCUUG